AUGGAGAGCCAAACGAUCGACCAACAAUGGAACCACAACCUCAAACCUCAACCUCGGUUGGGGAUCUUUGGAAUCCUAAGGGAAUCCUUCAAAACCAUCAAAAGAAAUGGAAAACUGCUUCUUCCGAUUCUAGUUCUUGUGUUUCUUCUUUUCACCCAUUUAGAAUUUGCUCAAACUUACUUACUUGCACCAGUGGCAAAAGAUUUAUCUUCGAAAUUGGCAGCAAACCCAAAUAUGUUUCAAGAUUUUGGUAAUAAAAUGCAUCAAGCAAAUUACACGGGUGUGAUUAAGGAUAUCCGUGAGGUGAUCCUUGUAAAGCUGUUUAUGUGGAUCAUCCUUUCGAUGAUUACUCUGUUUUUCUUGGUUGCCACUAUAUCUUCUUCGUACGAAGCUUACACUGCAAAAGUUAUAGACUUUAAAGAAAUGAUCAUGAAGAUAAAAAAAUCUUGGAAAAAGCCGAUUGUCACUAGUAUCUACAUGACACUAAUUUCUAUGGGCUUAUUCUUUGUGUUGUCUAUUUCUUUUGGAAUGUUGUCCAUUUUUGCUAGAAAUUCUUUGGAAUAUAUUUCCCAAGGAGUUUUUAUUUUCGCAAUCCUAGUUUUAGGGAUUUACAUUUGUGCACUUUGGAUGAUGAGUCUAGUAGUUUCGGUUAUAGAAAACGUUGGUGGCCUUAAGGCUAUUGGACGAGCUAGAGAGCUAAUGAAAGGUAAAAAGCUACAAGCUUCACUAAUUUUGGUGCUUUUCAGUAUUACUUAUGGCGUCGCUGUUUCAUUUAUGGCGGCUGUUCUUUCAAGCUGUAAUCUUCAGAAUUGGUCACUGCUAGCUAUAUCAAUCCCCUUCUCUAACGGGCUGUUGUGCGCAUUGAAACUCUUGGCGUAUGUGGUGUUUACUAUAUUCUACCAUGAACGUAAAGAGAGUUUUGAUGAAAAAGAAACGAAAGGCCAGUAUGUUCCUAUUGUCACCGAUGAAGUAGUUUAA